AUGGCUUCUCGGUACGCUGAUAAUUCAAGGAGUCGCUACGACGACCGCCGAGGAGGUCGCCCUGCUCCCCGCCGCGACGACCGCUAUCGAGACCGAAGGGACGACCGCAGGGACGACCGCCGCGAUGAUCGGCUCGAAGAUAAUUUCGACGACAGGCGUGACCGCGACCGCAACUCCUAUGCGCCUUCACGUCGCCGGUCCAGGUCUCCUGUCCGCCGUCCAGAUCGAGGCCGACUUGAUCGCUCGCGAGACCGAUAUGACGACCGCCCCAGGCGCGAGCGCGAGCUCGAGCACGACCGCUCUUACGACAACAGAGGAGGCGACAGCUACAGGCGCGGUGACCGAAGCAGAGAUCGUGGACGCGGCCACGGUUACGGGCAGCGUUCGUAUUCUGGAGAUCGGCGACGUGGAUCAAGCGCCUCAUCUCGAGGUGAUAAGCGUGAGCCUGAGAAGCCAAAAGAUGAUCCCAAGGCGGCCCAGCAAGCUAAGCUUGCUAAGCUAGCUGCAUGGAAGAAGGAACAAGAGGCAAAGAAGAAGGCGGCGCAAGCCCAGUCUCCCGCAGCUACCGCCCCUGCUACACCCAUAGCAGCAUCCACACCCCCAACACGCGAAGCAACUCAAGAGCCCGCUAAAGAAAAUACAGAGACGUCGAAGCAGGCUCCCAAAGCGCCCUUCAAGCUCGACGAGUCUGCCAAAGUGAAGCCGCUACAAACAAAAGCUGCGGGCAAGUCUGUGGGACCCACCCGUCUUGGCAAUGGAACUUCGACUAUCAAACCUCAUGGUAAUAUAUCAGCCUUUGGUCUCAAAUCUAAACUUGCAGACGAAGUGAAAGAGGAAAAAAAUGCUCUAUUGGACGACGAGGACAACACCGGGAAACGUACGCUUCAGGCACUUCCCGAACUCGCGGACGGAUCUUCCCCAGCUGCAAUGGAUGAUGCCGCAAUGAGUGACAUAGCCAGCGACGACGAGGAACAGCUACAAAUUCGACUUCAGCAACGUCGUGAAGAAGCGGCCAUUGAAGAGACCGAGAUGAAGGACGCUCCUCCUGUCGCAGACCAGACUCAAGAUCGGAUGGACAUUGAUGAGAAAGGAGGAGAAGAGGAGGACGAUGUCGACCCUCUUGAUGCAUUCAUGGCCGGCCUCUCAGCUCCACCCCCAACCAGCACUGCCCCACAGGGCCAGGCCAUGUUCGCCGAUGAACUCGAGCCGGAUAUGCAUGCGGUAGAGGGUGAAGACCUACUGGCUCUGACUACGACAAAGAAGAAGAGGAAGGAGAUUCCAGUCGUCGAUCAUUCCAAGAUCACGUAUGCCCCAUUCCGCCGGAACUUUUACAACGAGCCGCGAGAGAUUAGCGAGAUGACUCCCGAAGACGUAGCCGAUCUAAGACUAGAGCUCGAUGGCAUCAAAGUCAAGCCCAUCGAAGGUACUCCACGACCGGUUGUCAAGUGGGCGCAAAUGGGUCUUCUCCAGCAAACCAUAGACGUCUUCAAUCAACUCGGCUUCGUAAAACCAACCCCAAUCCAGUCACAAGCCAUCCCAGUCGCUCUUGCAGGUAGGGAUAUGUUUGGUGUUGCCAAGACUGGUUCUGGUAAGACGCUCGCUUUUGGAAUUCCCAUCAUUCGCCAUAUCCUCGAUCAACCUCCGCUGAAGUCUGCCGACGGACCUAUCGUCCUGAUUAUGGCACCAACACGCGAACUUGUAGUUCAGAUCCAGAACGAACUUAAACCCUUCCUAAAAGCUUCCAAUUUGAAGAUUGCGAGUGCCUAUGGAGGCCCUCCGAUUUCUGAACACAUAGCGAUGAUCAAACGAGGUGGAUUCUCGGCUCUUGUUGCCACUCCUGGUCGCUUGAUUGAUCUGCUACAAAGCAAUUCUGGCCGUGUACUCAACUUCAAGCGAACAACUUACGUUGUGCUCGAUGAAGCUGAUAGAAUGUUCGACCAGGGAUUCGAGCCUCAGAUCAAAAAGAUUUUGGCUAGCAUCCGUCCCGAUCGUCAGACAGUUCUGUUCUCCGCAACGCAGCCCAAGCAAAUUAUAGCAACCUUCCGAAAAUUCAUUACGGAUCCAGUCGAAGUGAUCGUCGGAGGACGUAGCGUUGUUGCCCCCGAGAUCACGCAAGUUGUUAAAGUUGUCAAGUCACCUUUCGGCAGCCAAAAGCUUAACCAGGUACUCUUGCACUUGGGUAACCUUUUCCACACUGGGGACGAUGCCGAUGUCCGAGCUCUCAUCUUCGUAGAGAGACAGGAAGGCGCUGAAGAUUUGCUCUCUAAGCUGAUGAAAAAGGGCUAUUCCUGCGACGCGAUUCACGGUAAUCGAGACCAACAAGAUCGUUCGGACGCCAUCGCAGAUUUCAAGAAGGGCGCAUUGCCGAUUCUGAUUGCUACAUCCGUGGCGGCUAGAGGUCUUGAUGUUCCUCAAUGCCGCCUGGUCAUCAAUUACGACUGCCCGUCUCACUUGGAGGAUUAUGUCCAUCGUUGCGGUCGCACGGGCCGUGCUGGCAACACUGGUACUGCCAUCACCCUCAUUGAGCAGCCGGGUCAGGAACGCUUCGCCAUCCACAUCGCCAAGGCUCUGAGGGAUAGUGGACAGGAAGUGCCAGAAGCUCUCGAGAAGAUGACAGAAGUCUUCGCUGAGAAGGUGAAGUCCGGGGAGGAGAGAUGGUAUGACCCUGGCUUUGGCGGCAAGGGUCUCGACAGGCUCGACCAAGCCCGAGCUAUGGAAAAGAGGCGCGAGAAGCGUGCGCGCAAGGGCGAAUUCGGUGAUGAAAGCGACAGUGAGGAAGAGGUUCCCGCCGUCGUUAAGAAAAAGGACAUCAAGACUGCUACCGCGGAAACCCCCGGUGCCCCUAGUGCUGGCAACGAGGAGGAGCCUUGGCAGAGCAUCUUGAAGAGUGGCAUCGUCGUCAACAAGACAGAGCGGCCAGCCCCUGGCGACAAGAACAUGAGCAACGCCGAGAAAGCAAGGGCGGCUGCAGCCGCCAUCAAUGCACGCUUAGGUCAAAAGGGCCGUAUCCAUCACGGCCAACCAAUCGACAACAAGGGCCCAGAUGCUGGAGCCUUCCACUCCACUCUCGAGAUCAACGGAUUCCCUCAGAGGGCUAGGUGGGCUGUCACCAAUCGCACCAACGUCGCCAAAAUUCUCGAUGCCACGGGUACCUCGAUUACCACAAAAGGUAAUUACUAUCCACCAGGCAAAACGCCUGGCGAGAAUGAACAGCCUCCACUGUACAUCCUUGUUGAGGGAGAGAGCGAACACGUGGUUCACUCCGCGAUGUCAGAGCUGCUCCGACUUCUGAAGGAGGGCACUUUGGCGGCCCAAGAAGAGCCUCACACCCGCGGCCCAACCGGCCGCUACAAUGUCGUCUGA